AUGACCUCGGUUUACGACAGUGGAUCGUCUGAUCAUGGAAACUUCACACUGGAACCUCGACAAGCGCCAGUCAUCAUUAUACGUCGCCUUCCGCUUGGCACCAACGAGCAGACCCUCAGGAGUAUGCUGCUAUUCGCGGGUGACCUGAUCGACACCGACUUUAUUCGCUCAACCAACCCAGAUGAUAAUGGCUUCGCUACGGCCAUUGCACGUUUCGAGACGGCUUCUGGAGCCCUCGACGCACAACAGAAGCUGAACGGCAAACCAAACAUUACCAAGGAGGCUCUAAUGAUUGUGGAAAUUCAAGGCAGUGGCAUGCCUGGAGUAUUUGAGCGGCGAAAUACUGUAGACGGUGUGACAUCGCGCACGUUAUCAAGCUCAGCUUCUUCAGGCGCAUCUUCCACAGUUGGUUCAACUGCCCGAUCGCGCUACGAAAGCACAUUCCACUCGACAGAUCGGAUCUCGCCGACCCUGGCGGGUGCUGGAGCUGGUGUUAUCCCUGAAUUCCCUGCGCCCGAGAAUAGCACACAUAUCCAGAAUAUCUUCUCGCCGCAGUCGCCGUUGACAAACGGGGCAAGCGAUCACAAUACCGGAAAGUCUGUCAUAAACGAUGACCUUGCAGACGAAGAGACGGGCGAGCUUCUCAAAGACCCGGUGGCCUUUGCGCGACAUAAUCCUCUCGGGCGGCGGCGCACGAGCCCGCAAAUCCCAAUGUCAUCUUUCAACCGAUUGUCAAUCAGCCAGACAAACGGUUCAAGUCGAGGAGUAACAUCACCUACUCAGAGCGAUAUCAUAUCAUCAAGAGGCGCGUCAACAAACGUCAACACAGCAUCCUACUCAAAUCCCUCGAAUCAAAUGUCGCCAGCGACGUCCACCGGAUCUCAACCACCUCACUUCACUCGACCACAAUAUCCACCCGUCAACCCGGCAGAUCAGAACCCGCCUUGCAAUACGCUCUACGUGGGCAAUCUCCCUGUGGACACCUCCGAGGAUGAACUCAAAUCCAUAUUCUCCAAACAGCGCGGCUACAAGCGUCUCUGCUUCCGCACCAAGCAGAACGGGCCGAUGUGCUUCGUCGAAUUCGAGGACAUUGCCUACGCGACCAAAGCACUGCACGAGCUCUACGGACUUCCAUUGCACAAUAGCGUCAAGGGUGGCAUCCGUCUCAGCUUCUCGAAGAACCCACUGGGAGUGCGCUCAGGCCAGACCGGCGGCGGCCUCUUGCCCGCAAACAACGUCAUGUCUCCGCAAACCAUGUCGCCCCACUACGGCCUCAUGCACGGAUCAAGCUUCAGCGCCAUCUCGGGUCCGCCGCCUGGGUUGGCCUCGCGGCCUGGCCUACUCGCAGGAGGAUACCGAUCGCCGCCCGGUGCCGGCAUAGACACGGUGUUCUCAAAUCCAUUUGCACAACCUGUUUAUGAUUUCAGCAAUCAGUUGGACCCACAGAGUCACCAAUACUCUGCCGGCCUCCCGCCUAGUAUGGGCGAUGGCAACUACGGCCGCGAGAUCUAUGCGAACCAACCCCGUCCUAUGGACUAUGCCGAUUAUGGCUUCCGGCAAUGA